AUGACGGAUAGUGAGGUGACCCGAGCUCUCACCACAGUCGAGAAAACGGCGACGGAUCCUGCCGCAACGACAACUGUUGGCCCUUUUUCGGUUUUUCAGACUCACUCUGCAUCUACCAGAACUAGCGAUCAUUCAUCCAGCCCGAAUUCUGGCGAUACUGCAAUGGGCGGCUCGGAAGAGACUAACCAGCGCACUAUCAACAGUCCCAUCAUCCCUAUGGUGGGUUCGCCAUAUCAAACCACAUCUGAUUCGCCUCAAUUUCCGGAGUCCACUGUAGACACGACGGUACCGCCUAGCGACGUAUGUGUGGGCGAAGAUCAGGCAGAAACACCGAUCGGAGCUCUCGCCACGGAGUCCCCGGAUGAUGCUCCUGUCGUGAAUACAAGGACUAACACUACUACAAGCUUAUCUCACCAGCCUGAUUAUUUAUGCCCUACCAGCCAUGGAAUUGCGACGACUUCCCGAGGCGUUGAUGUCACCGUCUCGCAAAGUCCGGGCUGGAUGGAGCGAAAUGGUGAUUCGCCCCGGGAAAGCGCGCCUGGGGACCUAGGGUUUAUACUCUUUGAAAAUGAUCUGGCAUUAACUAUUAUGGAGGAUACGACAGCAUCGAUGUUGAUGCACCACUAUAUGCAACAUGUGGUACAUCUCAUGCAACCGGUGUCUCACCCAAGGAAUCCCUGGAAGACUGUAUAUCUUCCCCUUGCGCUCCACGGCUCAUCCCAACUAGACCUCCCAAAAUCUUGGAACCAGCUUCACUCAGCAAGCGUUGCAGUUUUCCACGGUGUCUUAUCUAUUGCCGCUGUCAAUUUGCAGAGCAUGGAAGCUGAUCAAGAAGCCCUCGAACGACUAGCCUGCCAUCAUAAGCAGCGCGCUCUCAUUGCACUUCAGAGUACGCUUGCAACAAAGUCGACUCCUUACAAAGAUAUCAUGGCCGCAAUACUGUCUCUGGUAUCCGCAGAUAUAAUGGACGGCGGCAUGUCCGACCAUUGGAUCCACUUAGAGGCAGGGAUUAAACUACAGGCCUCGAGACACUAUGCCAUGUUAGUUAGUCACGAAACCUGUCUCCUGAAUAAUAUCUGCAAGAUGCUGCACUUAUUCGGCCAGACGACGCUUCCCCAUCGGACACCCAAACCGUGGCCGGGCUAUGACUACGUCCCCCGGGGCGCGGACUUCUACUCCCUAGAGCCUAGCAUUGAGUUUCUCUACGGGAUCACGAUAUCGAUCGCUGGAGCAAUCUUUAGGAUCUAUCGCCUCUCGCAGUAUGUCGCGUACUACAGAUCCCAGGGACAGGAGUACCCGGAGACUCUCCUCGAGGCCUGCGAGACACUUGCAGACGAUCUAGGAUCGUACACCAUAACCUCCGAAUUAUUCUCAACUAUCGACUCUUCAGAGGCAGAGGCAUAUAUGGUGGAUAUCGCGCGAGCCCAGGCGAAAGCCUUCCACAACGCCGCCCUGAUCUAUUACUACCGCUCCAUCCAAGAAUGUGCUAGGAGCUGCCUUCACCAAGAACAACAAGCGGUCCUCGCCGCGAUGAAUGAAGCCGAAGACUUGAAGGUUUCAUUCGGUAAACACACCUCGUUUCCGGCGCCGAUCACGUGGCCGGCAUUCGUGGCGUCGUGUGAAGCUGUUGGGGAAGAGCGCCGCAGCUGGGACAAAUGGUGGAGGCGGCUGGAAGUGUACAGUAUGAGAAAUUAUCAUCGGCAGUAUGCGACCGUGCGUAGUAUUUGGGGGAAGCUAGGUGAAGAUGAGACAAGGGACUGGAGAGAGGUUCUGGAGACUGUGGGCUUAAGAAUUCUUCCUGUUUGA